AGAUCAAACCUUUGCCGCCGAAGCUAUUCCGUCCAAUGCUAUCCGCGCAAUAAAUGAACGCGAGUUUCGUCGCGUGUAAUAUAAUAUAUAUAUAUGUGUAUGUAUAACGCGCUGGAAAUAGAUUUCUGCAAUUGGAAGAAAAAAAAAUUACACACUCGUAUAGAAUAAAUAUACGUAAACUCCUCUCGACUCCGCAUUAUUGCGCGAUCUCGGCUGGAACAUAAAAGCUUAUAUCGAGCCGCGCCAAGGCGAAAAAUGAAAAUACUCGAGCAUCGAAAUUAUCAACGUGUCAAAGUCCGGCUCUUUCUUCGCGUGCGCGCGCGCGCGGCGAUAGAAGCGGUCAGUCAGCGGUAACUAGUCGUCGAGGUGCAAUGGCAAAGCCAGAGAGAGAGAGAACAGCAGUAACGACUGCACGAGCGUGACGUAGAGAGUUAAGUAGUCGCGUAAGCAUACGCGCGAGCGGAUGAAAGUUUGUUUGCGUGUUCCCGACUCUCUGCGCGUUGCUGGCUAAUAAACUGUGCGUACGUCUCGAGAAAUUUAUACUCGGAUCUGCUGGGGCCUUUUGGUGCAGUGUGUUGUGUUUGAAAUUCAGAGUGAGCGAGUAAUUAUACGUAUUUUUCCGUGCGCGCGCGCGCGCGCGCGCCGCUCUAAAAAGCCAGCGACGUGUGUCAAGUCGGUCCGUCUUUUGCUUCCAUAAAGCAGCGCUGCUUGUGUGUGUGUGUGUGUAUAACGUGUGUGAUCUGCCUGGCGGAGCGUCGACGAUGUACCGCACGUUGUACGCCUGGCUUCUAAUCGCCGUUAUUUUUAAACUUCCCGCCUCUGCGAUGCCGCGAGAGCUUUCGAAUAUUCGAAUUAUUUCGAAGAGAAUUAGCCUGUUGUCGCGGCCGGUAGAUUAGACGCAGGCAUAUAUCGAGUAUCGGAUACAGCGAAUGAAGUGCUUAAUCAGCGCGGUUUCGCGGCUAAUUCUCGCACCUCGUGCUGUGUAAUCGGGAGGCAUGUACGCCCAUGAGUUGAUCGAUCGAGCUCCGUAAUGUUGACUUUACGUGCGCUCGAUGUCUCUCUUUCUCCCAUCAGCGCGAGACAUAUAUUUUUUUGAAAAAGGAGCAACACAGCGUCGGAUUCCAAAUACGCCGUCGUCGUUCGGCGCUUCGAAUUCCACAGCAGCUGCAAAAGUUUAUGCGCCGGUGCGGCAAAGCAAGCUAUAAUCGUCGCUGCGCGCAACAAUAUCGAAAGUAAAAAAGUCGAUAGGAAAAUUUAGUCGACGAGAGGAUUGUUUCUAGCGAUCGCGUGAAAAUUUGCAACUUUCCCCACCAACAGCGUAUUAUAGACUCUUCCGACGUCUCGCGUCGCUGCGCCGACGUCUCAAUUGCUUAUAAUUCGUAAUGACCUCUGAGAAGCGCAUCCUUCCAAUCUUGCCCUUCUUCUUCUUCACGACUAUAUAUACCGGCCAGUAUUACACAUCGCGCGCUCUUUGUUCUCUCUUUCUCUCCACAUGCGAGCUUUUCUCCGUUUGCAAACGAGAGCUUUUAUCGAUCAUAGCUGGGAGAUUCAGUUCAGGAGCCGUCCUCGAGCUAGUUGCAAAAAGAAGACGGUACACGGUAUAUAUAAACAAUGCGCAGUACGAGCGUUGACCUACAUAAUCCGCCUCUAUAUUUUCGUGGGUCGUCAUAUGAAUGAUGAUAGGCAAUAUAUAACCGCGCGCUCAUGAAUAUUACGCAUGUAUAACGCGGCAUACCGCAACAGUAGGCGUGUGUAUAGUAUUAGCAUAUAAUAAUAUUUUCCGAAGCCAGUGACCAAUAAAGAGUUAUUUUUCCCAGUUUCGAUCAAUCGAUUGCGAGCUACGAGCUGUGCUGCAGAUUUAUAUUAUCAGCAUAUUGUAAAAAGCCUCGAUCUCUCCGGUCUAUGAACGAGCAGCGAUCCGCCUAGAAAAGAGUUCAAAGCGAGGGACGUGUGUAUAGGGGAGGCUCUCUAUAUAAAGAUAUAGCGUGUGUGUGUGUUAUACCAUAAUAAAAGCGUUAUCCCAGCAGCAGCAGUGUGUCGCGCGCAUCGUCGGGGGAUGAGCCAAACUGACUCUUUACUCUGACGCCGCACUUGAGUGACUCCGGCUCAGGAUGACGUCGCGGGUCAAGUGCAAGCAGAAACGAGGCCCGCUUUGAGAACUAGAAAAAAAAAGAAAAAGUGCGUGCGCGAUAUAAGAGUUGAAAAAAAAAAAAAUAAUAAUAAUAAUAAGAAUAGAAUGGAAGAGAUGGCGCGGCCGAAGAUCGAGAUAGUGCGCGUGCCGUCGAUCGAGCGGAGCAACUUUCGGCCGCUGGACGGCGUGCAGCUGAGGGCGGCCUACAGCCACGUGAGGAUCGGGACCUACUGCCCGGAACCCGAGCCCGAACUGCCCGUCACGCCUCGGAGGGACGUCAAGCCGCCCACCGAGCAGUCGAGGAAAUACAAAAAGAACUUGGGACCAGUAUCAAGACUGCUUAGACGUCGCCAGCACGCGACGAGCCUUGCGACCAAAUCCUGUGAUAACAUUUAUAGCGUCAAUAAGAGCAACAGCUUCUUCGAUUGGAAGCACAGCCAGGAGCAAGGUCUGCAGACGCGGCAUAGCAACAGCCUGGACUGGCGGGUGAGCCUGAGCGUCGACAGGAACUCGAGCAGUCUGGAUUGCCGAAAGAAAGCGUCGCGCAGCGCCGAACAGCUCCAGAUCCCGAGUAGAAAGUCGAAGCUGGUGUCCCUGCUGCGACGGCUCUCUCCGAGGCUGACCAGACCGAACAGCAAGGGAUCCUUGCCCUCGUCGCCGAGCAUCUGCCCUUGGCUCCAGGUGGAGUACUCGAGCGGCCAAAUAGACGGGACCAAGGUCGAACGGAAUGACUCGGCGGACUACAGCUUCCAACGGGAGCUUCAGCUCAACGAGAUGCGCAAGCGGGCCAUCAAGGCCUCGAGAGAGCCGACGGCCAGAACGAACGGAGCGAAGAGCCCGAGGCUUCGGAUUCAGGAAGCACCGGACGCCCGUACGAGCCUCCGAGCUGUUCACGAGGAUCGUGGCUCGUCGGAGGAGCGAAGCAGCAGCCAGCAGCAGCAGCAGCAGGAGGAGCCUCCGCUGCCGCCAUCAAGGACGACUCGUCGCUCUCGGCCCCACUCGCUGGCCGUCCAGCCGCUCAACUACCAGCGCCUCGACCCGGACCAGCUGCCGCCGCCGCCGUCGCCGUCGCAAGUCCUCGAGAACAGGCAGCCGGAGGCUCCGGCCUCCGCACAGGCUGCCGGCACAGUUAGACAGCCGAAUAUGACCAGCCAGGAGAGCAUCGGCAGCUGCAGCCUCGACGUCGACAAGUCCGCAUCCGACCGAUCAGAGGUGAACGCGGGCUCGCUGUCGGAGAAGACGCUGCACAGCCUGAACCUCUCGACGUGCAACGGUGAGCCGACGAUCCGCGUGACCGAACCACCACCAGCUCCCGAGAGCAAUGGUCAUGAGAGUCACGAGCCACACAGCGGAGAGGACGGGAGCGACGGAGCCGGAGAGCAGCAGCUGACGGCGAAGAAGCCGAGCUACCUGGGCCUGGCCUGCAGCAUCAACGGCUACAGCGGCAUCACCAGAUACGACAGCAAGCUACGAGAGGGUUUCCGCUCGAGGGACAGCAGCCCUGGUUCUAGGCUCAUCCACAGGGACACCAGUCCGGCAGGUUUCAGGUCGAACGAGACGCUGAACGUACCUACGUCCGCCGGUAAUCAGCAGCCAACGAAGAGCCAGUCGAUAUCGCCGCUCGCGAUGGACCGCCAGCACAACGGCUUCGCCAACGGCGGCGUCAAGCACAAGAUCGACAACUACCACGAGUCCAGCCGCGUCAUCGGCUCGUGUCAGGGCUACUCCGAGGUCGAUCGGGGCACCCCGGCCGGACACGCCGCGGCGCUCGAGCAGCUCAGCCCGAUACGAGCCAGCUCGCCCAACAAGCGCGACAGCCCCGUCGGCAUGCGCAUCGCCGCCUACAACCAGCAGAACAAGUCCUACUCCUCGAUGUCCAGCUCGUCGCCCAAAUCGUUCAGUGUCAACGUUUCGCACGCGUCGUACAGCGAGACGAGCAUACUGAACGGCUCGUCGGACCACGAGGGCGGCUUCAACUCGUCGGCGAGCAGCGAGAAGUCCUUCAUCCAGCAGCGCGUCGAGCGGCUCUACGGGCCUGGCGCUCUGGCCCAGGGAUUCUUCUUCAAGCGCAGCAGUAAACACGAUUUCAGCCACGACUCGUCCGCCAACAAGUCCAGCAGCAGCAGCAACAACAACAACAACAACAACAACUCCUCCGUGCACGAGACGAGCGUCGAGGAGUCGCUGAAGAAUCUGCCGGUGCUGCGGCAUCUGCGCCCCGAGUUCCGAGCUCAGCUGCCGGUCGUCAGUCCGAGGAGGCCCACCGACGGCACCGAACAGAUCAUCAAACCGCUGAAGAGAAUUUCACUUUCGACCGGAAAGAACGAUGCCAAAGAAAUAAAAGCGAGUCCGAUAAAGCAGGAGAGCAACAACGCGACGAGCGAUGUGAAAAUGACUGCCAGCGUUACCAGUCUCACAGAUCAGCAGCCCGCUGCCCCAAAAGUCGUUUUACCAGUGCUGGAACCUAGCGCGAGUCUCACCAAUAUCCCGAAACAGGGCGCCGAGACGCCCAAAAAGGUCCAGGAGAAGGACGGCCAUUACUUCAUGAGUGUACUCGACAAAGAGCGAAAGAGGUUAAUCGUGCUGGCGGAAGGAGCAGAAGCAGAGCUAUCCGGUAGUGGAGCAUCGGCACUUCCAGAGGAAGCUGCUGGAAAAUUGAGAUCCGCCGCUGGAAAGGCCAGGUUGUUGGCAUCGCAAAAGAUGAAGCAAUUCGAAGGACUAUGUCAGAAAAAUAUCAAUCAAGUGCCUGGCGAAGAAUUCCCAACGACCAGCGAGGACCUCGCUGGAUUCUGGGAUAUGGUCAUGCUGCAAGUGGUUCAAGUCAAUGACUUAUUCGAACAGCUUGAUCGGUCAAGAAAGUCACAAUGGCAAGAGGUUGCGCCGGAACAGAAACCAACGCCCGCCACACCGCACAAUGGCAGUGCUAUAAAACGACGCCAAACUCCAGCAUCGAAAGCUAAGUCAGCCGCCAAUGCCGAAGCCGCUCGUAAAGCUCGCGAGGCAAGGGAACAAACUCGUCGGCAGCUUCUCGAAGAAAGAAGACGCGCCAUGCGGUCUAGCGCCGGAAAGCCGAACAACUCUGUGGAGAUGUUUCUUCCCGAAACGUAACAAAAGUAAACACUUUAUGAAGUUAAGGCCUCUAAGCAGUAGGACAAUUUUCAAAUCGGAUAGUACCCUGGCAAAAAACAAUUGUAUACAAAUCGGUUUUGUAAUGCUCAUUUGCUCAAUGAGCGUUUGAAAAUGCGUUAUUAAAAAUAUGACAACCGUUAUAGGUGCGAUUUGAAGUUAAUCGGUUUGAACAAAAUUAAAUUUUUUAAAUCUUGCAGCAAUGAUACUAACAGUAAGCUUCGCAAGACAUCGAUAUAUUAGGCAGAAAUAAUUGACCAGACAAAUUCUAAGAAUUUUUAUAGAAAUUUUUUUCUUUUGAUAAUUGUCGUUUUAAUAAUAAGAGGAAAAUUGAAUCACGGAUGUAAAUAUUUUUGAUAUAUUGAAACGCCGUUCAACAUUUGGUCGGAUCAAACGUGCACACUUCAACAUGAUAAUUAUACGCAACACUGUUUUAUUUCUACCGAAGUGUCUAUAUUCCCUUGUCACUGUUGGGAAAGCAAUCUUGUAACAAUACAAAAUAAUUUUUGUCUACUCAAAUGUGGCAUUAAUUUGUUAGUUCGGAUAUUUAUAUAUACGUGUGUAUAAUGAUGGCGCGAAAGACUGGUAAAAAAACUUUGGAUUGAGAAACCAUUUGAUCGUCCAAGACGACAAAGCAUGUGAAGAACUCUGGUGCAUUGUAAUUGUAAAUAUCCAUUCCAUACGCAUUUGACAACUGCAUUAGAGCUUUGUUUUUGUUUGGGUUGUCAACUUGGAUGAAUUCCUGUUAAUAUUACUUUUUAUUACUACAAAAUAAUCUGUAUGACAUUGAAUGUAAAACAUUUUAGAAGUAACUGUAGAUAUGACAAGGUUCUUACUUUUUACUCAGUCAUAUUGAAAUUUAUUAAUACUCAUUUAAAGUUUGGUGAUAGAAAAGAUUGCGAGUUACUUUUUUAUAGUCUCCCUAGGAGAUAGUCGUUUAUCGUUCCCAAUGGAACAACAAAGUUGAAGGCAGAUUUUUAACGUUUAAAAUGUAGACUCUUGUACGAUUAUGCAUGUAAAAAGUAUCGAGUACAGAUCGGUUAAUUUGACCUCGACCAGUGUGCGAAUGUGCGAAUAAGUUUUUAAAUUGUAUAUACAAACAAAAUGCACGAAAAGUAGGCAUCGUACGAAUUAUUUUUUGCUAUUCUCGAAUUAGGUUCGAAACUUUUGAGCACAUUAAUUCUUUUGUAUCUGUUAUCUUUUCAGUAGUAAUUUAUAUUCAGAUUUUUCGUAUAGUUUUGUAUUAAUGCAUCCGGCGCGGUGCUCUUCGUCGACACUAAUUUUUCUCCUGGUGAAUGCCAAGUGAGCGAUUUCCGCUUUACACAAUCACGUUUUAUUGUCGUAUACACUGCAAAAGUUGCUUCAACUGUCGGGCCGAGACAAGGUCGAGCACGAAUUUAAAAACUUUUUAGGACUAUUUUGAAAACCAUUAUUUUUCUGUUUUUAACAUUUGGUACUUUUUACUCGAUGAAAAAAAUAUUUAUUUAUUUAAAUUAAGAGAGAGAGAGCUAGAUCUCGUUGAGUACGAGAUCACAGCGCGCGAUGAAUUCUUUGUAAGAUAGUGUCUAAGGUAUAUUUGUAAUAAAUUUUCGAUCGGCAUUAACCAAAACAGA